AUGCAUAUUAUAUCUGAUCAAGAUAUUAAUGAAAUUGUGAAAACUGAAAAUAAAAUUAGUGUAAUAAUAAGAUAUUUUGUAGUCUCUAUUAAUAAUUUGACAGAUUGGUGGUUAGAAGAUCCUAAAAAUCAAUAUUUUAAAGCUGCAGAACAAGCAAUAGAACAA